UAUUCCAUCCAAUUCUCCAUAACAAAACAUGUCAAUGAGAUCAGCAGCCACACUUUUUUGUGUUGCCAUGUUGCUUGCCCUAGUACUCAUGCCAAUGCCAAUUUGCAUGGCAAUAACAAGCACACCCAUGAUUGAGUUAUACAUGCAUGACAUUCUUGGUGGCAGUAACCCUACAGCACGGCCAGUGACAGGUUUGUUAGGCAGCAUAUACAGUGGGCAAGUGCCCUUUGCCACCCCAGUAGGGUUCAACACCCCACAGGGUGGCAUUCCCCUUCCCAAUGCCAAUGGUGCCAUUCCCACAGUCAAUGCUGUCACUGGCAUUUCCCUAGGAACUGGCUUGGCUGGCACAACCUUUGCACCAAACAACAACAACAACAAUGCACAGUUAGGGCCUGAUGGGUUAGGGCUUGGAUUUGGAACCAUAACUGUGAUUGAUGAUGUGUUGACAUCUCAGCCUGAGUUGGGGUCACAGAUUGUUGGGAAGGCUCAAGGGGUGUAUGUUGCCAGCUCAGCAGAUGGGAGCAGGCAGAUGAUGGCAUUCAAUGUGCUUUUUGAAGGAGGGGAAUAUGGUGACAGCUUGAACUUCUAUGGAUUGUAUAAGAUUGGAAGCACCAUGUCAAAGUUGUCUGUGAUAGGGGGCACAGGGAAGUUCAAGAGUGCAAGGGGGUUUGCUGAGCUCAGACCUCUUAUUCCACCAGGGCAAGUUUCCACUGAUGGUGCUGAGACACUUCUCAGGAUCACUGUUCAUUUGCACUACUAAUAAUUAAGCUGUGGUGGUGUGGAUGUGUUACAGAUGAUGAUUUUUAUGAGACUGGUCUUGUAUUUUUUUUGUCUGUUUGGUUGCUGAAUGUAUUUGGAAUCUUGGUUGUAAUCCCAUCAUGAAAACCUUUUGGGGGUGUUCAUCCUUUUGAAUUUGGCAACUUGCCCUAGGUUGAUGAAAGAAUUUGGCUACUUCUUAUAUUAAUUUUAGCUUUCAACUCGGUUAA